UAGGGUGCCGGGUGGUCUUCUUUCUAGCAGUGCAGUGGACCCAAUAACGCACCAGAUUUUCCGCGGGUAUCCCUUCAGGGUGAUAAAACCCUCUGCGUACGCUCAUCCCUCCUCCAUUACAACUUACAACUUACAACCUUCACUUCACUCCUCCUUCCGCUGCGAUCGAUGAUGGUCUCCACCUCCAAAUCCACCGAUUCCUCUAAUACCAGAGAUGGGAAGUUGCUAUCUGACUUUCUUCUUUCGAUACUUGACGCCUCCAGUUGACGGAACCGGUGAAACUAAGAAAAUUUUGAAUUUUAACUUCAAUUGAAUUUGCGGGGAGAGCAAUUUUCUGGUGAUUUAGGAUUCUUAACAUCAAGGAUAAAUCAACUGAAGAAGCAGAUUGAAGCAGAAAGGGCUCUUUUGAUUAAAGAAAAAGUUGAGAAGAAUAGAGAGAAGUUAAGAAGCGAUGUUUCUGAGCUUCUGUCAUUAGCUAUGCUUAGAACCGAUGGUUCUUCUAAGGAAAACAAUGGAGAGGGUAAGAUGCUUUCUUCAAGGAUUAAAAAUCCCCUUUGCCUUCUUACUGGCCAAGUAUCAAGUGAUGAUAACACCAACACCACCACUCAAGAAGCAGCUAUUUCCAUAAGUGCUAAGCUACCACCUACAGAUAAAAUACCACCUUAUACUACUUGGAUAUUUUUGGACAGAAAUCAGAGAAUGGCUGAUGACCAGUCAGUUGUUGGGAGGCGACGUAUCUACUAUGACCAAAAUGGAAGUGAAGCUCUCAUCUGUAGUGACAGUGAGGAAGAGAUUACUGAACUAGAGGAAGAGAAACACGAAUUUUCUGAGGCAGAAAAUCGCAUCAUGAGGACCAUUUGUCAGGAUUACGAGCCUAGUGAGGAAGUACUUCAAAUCUUGACACAACAUAUCGGUGGAAAUACUUCAGAAAUCUAUGAGGCAUAUAUCUUGCUGAAGACAGAAGAAGAAGAAGAAGUAAACCGAGAUGUGUGUACUUCUACAGACCAUGAGCAUCAUAGGAACAUAUCUCUGGACAAAAGCCUUAGUGCUUCAUUAGAUUCUCUUGAUAAUCUCUUUUGUCGGCGAUGUUUGGUAUUUGAUUGUCGUCUUCAUGGCUACUCUCAGUCUGUUAUUAUUCCUACUGAAAGACAGUAUUGCCCUCUUGAGUCUCAAGAAAAUGCAAAACCCUGCAGUGAUCACUGUUACCUUCAGUUUCAAACUGAGAAGAAGCAUUCAGAUUGUGUGGAUGUCUUAAGCGAGACACACAACAGAACCUCAGAUCAGAAGAUCCAGACUGGUGCUGAUCCAGGGAAGCGCAAGGUAUCAAACCAAACAACUACAGUGUUAGAAGAAUCAAAAGAUGUGACUAACGAGCAACAAGAAUCUUCUCUUAAAAAACAGAAAAGGUUGUUGUCAAUACCUGAUGCAGUUUCUAUGACAAUUGAAGAUACUCGAGUUUGUGAUGAAAAAAGCAUGGAGAUGGAUGUUACCGAAGAUGAAACAACCAGAAAGGAUGAAGCAACUAGUUCUGGCUGUGUUUCAGCAGAUGUGAUGAAAGACAUGAGUAGAGGAGGAGUCGAUUUGUCAAAUCCAGUAGUAAAUUGUGAAUGGAAACCUCUUGAGAAAGAACUAUAUGUGAAGGGAUUAGAGAUUUUUGGGAGAAACAGCUGCCUGAUAACCAGAAACUUACUUUCUGGGUUGAAAACUUGCAUAGAAGUAGCCAAUUAUAUGUAUGAGAUUGGAGCAGAAACAUCACUUAAGGCAUGCUCUAUGUUAAAUGGCAAUGAGAGAGUGGAUGCAAAUGCUAAGGAGCAAGAGACGGGGUCAAGGUCAAGGCUGCUUCGCAGAAAGGGUAGAGCAAAGAAACUAAAAUAUUCAUGGAAGUCUGCUGGGCAUCCCUCCUCAAUCUGGAGACGAAUUGCUGAUGGAAAGAAUCAGUCUUGCAAGCAAUAUAUUCCAUGUGGAUGCAAAUCUAUGUGUGGGAAGGAAUGCCCCUGUUUAGAUAAUGCUACUUGCUGUGAAAAAUAUUGUGGGUGUUCGAAAAGCUGCAAGAACAGGUUCAGGGGAUGCCACUGUGCAAAGAGUCAAUGCAGAAGCCGUCAAUGCCCAUGUUUUGCUGCUGGCCGUGAAUGCGACCCGGAUGUUUGCCGAAAUUGCUGGGUCAGUUGUGGUGAUGGCUCUGUAGGAGAGCCCCAAAGAAGAGGAGAAGGCCACUGUGGUAAUAUGAGGCUCCUUCUCAGGCAGCAGCAAAGGAUUCUGUUGGCUAAAUCGGAUGUUGCUGGUUGGGGAGCAUUUCUGAAGAAUUCUGUGAACAGAAAUGAGUAUCUUGGAGAGUACACUGGUGAAUUGAUCUCACACCGUGAAGCAGAUAAGCGAGGCAAAAUAUACGACCGUGCAAACUCCUCUUUUCUUUUUGAUUUGAAUGAUCAGUAUGUGCUUGAUGCUUACCGCAAGGGAGACAAAUUGAAAUUUGCCAACCACUCGUCAAAUCCCAACUGUUAUGCAAAGCAGGUGAUGAUGGUGGCAGGGGAUCAUCGGGUUGGCAUAUUUGCUCGAGAGCGUAUAGAGGCUGGUGAAGAACUGUUCUAUGACUACCGUUAUGGGCCUGAUCAAGCACCUGCAUGGGCUCGCAAGCCCAAUGCUUCUAAACCAGAUGACAUUUUAGUCCCUCAAGCUCGAGCUAAGAAGCACUAAUCUCUUUCCAUCUUGGUUGCUUGCUUGGAGAGGUAAAAAGUAGCUUAUGUAGCUAUUCCAGGUUGGUGCUGGCAUAGCAGUAUGUUUGUGCCCCUUAUUAUACAUAUGUGUAUAUAUGUAAUGUAUGUAUGUAUUUAUGUGCCUUAAGGAAGGUGAUAUGUAUACACGGUAGAUAGGCAGCAUAUAAUAAUAAUAAUAAUAAUAAUAAUAAUAAUAAUAAUAAUAAGGUGGAAAUGGGGGUGGGGCAGGCAGAGCAUUUGUGGUGGCAUGGGUGUCUCAUUUGUAUAUAUUACUGUUAGGAUAAAUAAGAGAUAUGGCAGCGGUGUAUGUAUUAUUGUUGUGAUUGAAUCUUGUAAUGAAUGAAUGAAUGGGGUGUCUCAUUUGUAUA